AUGAAUAUCUCCACAUCCACGUUCUCGACUAAAAGAAGAGGGCUGAAAAAGGUCGAAGAAGAAGAAAACGCUGCAACUUUACAACUCGGAGAAGAGUUUCAGCUCACCCAGGUAAACCAUCAGGGACAAGAAGAAGAGCUGAUCGCAUUGAAUUUGAGCGAAGCACGGCUGGUCAUCAAGGAAUCGCUAGAAUUGCGCAAGAGGCUAUUCAAACAAUGGAUUAAGAGAGACGAUACGAUGGAAACGGACGACGACGCAGAUGCAGACGCACACACACAGAGCCAUGAAAAGGAACUCCAAAAUAUCGAUAAGCUGCUGGAGACAACCACAGGUGGGAAUAAUCAGGCACUUAAGCAAACAAUGGUGUAUCUGACGAAUUUCUCGCGCUUCAAAGACCAGGAAACCGUCACUGCUGUAACUCAGCUUUUACAAAGCACAAACCUGCAUCCGUUUGAGAUUUCGCAACUCGGAUCUCUUUCUUGCGAAGAUGCCGAUGAAGCCAAAACUUUGAUUCCAAGUUUGGGCAAUAAAAUCUCGGACGACGACCUCGAAAGAAUAUUGAAAGAGCUGUCCAAUCUCGAAACCCUGUAUUAA